AUGGCUGCCUCCGCACACAGCAGCUGCGUGUGGAUGCUGGUUCUGGGCGCGUGUGUGUCGCUGGUGGUUGGAUCGGACUGCGGGAAGGAAUGUGCACUAUGUGUGUACCGUCUGCUGGGACAACAGUCUGGUUUCUCCUCCAUGACAUGCUCACUUGAGUGUGACGGUGGGUUGGACAGUCAGAAGCUUCGCCUGUGCCAGGAAGUCCUGUUGGAGGAAAACCACAUUCCUCUGGAUGAGGACCCCCGUCAACAGCAAGAACAGGAAGCAGUGAGCACCAUCCCGGCUGACGAUGAGGACGCAACAUCACCGGAACACCAGCUGGCCAAGAAGUACGGCGGCUUCAUGAAGCGCUACGGUGGCUUCAUGUCUCGUCGCUCCUCUUCACCAGAGGGGGCAGCAGAGGAUGCUGAAAACCAGGACGAGGAAGAAAAUGUCCGUCUGGAGAUCCUAAAGAUCCUAAAUGCAGCAGCUGAGCACAACAGCGAUGGGGGCGAAGCGGUGAAGAGGUACGGAGGCUUCAUGCGUAGGGCUGAAGGAGGGGUCGCACAGAGCGACCUGCUGGAGGCGGUGUUGGGUCGUGGCCUGAAGAAGCGCUAUGGAGGGUUCAUGAGGCGUGUGGGCAGGCCUGAGUGGCUGGUGGACAGUAGCAAGAGUGGGGGGGUUUUGAAACGUGCAUGGGAGAAUGGCAACGAGCUACAGAAGAGGUAUGGGGGGUUCAUGGACUAGGACACCACAGUUAUGAUCCCUUCACUACCCCCAUCCUUCCAACUCUCUCUCUUCUACCAAUCACCUUGUAGUCUGGACUUGGUGUCUGAAUCAACUACCCUAAUUACAUUGCAUCAUCUGGCUUUGUAUAACGUGCUGCUGCCUACUUCUUUGGUUCAAUCGGUCCUGUAAUGAUAAAAAAAA